AUGCGCCUCCUUCGUCGUUUGCCAGAUGGCAAUAUAAGGCUUACUCACGAUCUUCCGGAAAGCAACCUGCCCACAUAUGCCAUUCUUUCACACACGUGGCUGGUUGGCGACAAUGAGGAAGUAACUUUUGAUGAUAUGACUCGUGGGAAACCCGAGAUCAAGACGGCAAGUUGGCGCAAGAUUCGCUUCUGUGCUGAGCAGGCCUGCAAAGAUGGCCUGGAAUAUUUCUGGGUGGAUACUUGCUGCAUUAACAAGCAGAGCAGUGCCGAACUCCAAGAAGCCAUCACUAGCAUGUUUGCGUGGUAUCGCAAUGCUGCAAAAUGCUAUGCAUACCUAUCGGAUGUCUCGGUCGCCGAAUCUACCGACCCAGAGAAGAAGCAAGCGUCAUGGGAGUGGGACUUUCGUCGCAGUAGAUGGUUCACUCGAGGAUGGACUCUUCAAGAGCUUCUUGCGCCCUCGUCGGUCGAGUUCUUUUGUGUGAACGGAACAAAGCUCGGAGACAAGGAGUCACUCGAAACCAGCAUUCAAGAAAUAACUGGAAUACCUUAUCGGGCUCUACAAGGGGACCCGCUCGCGGUAUUUACGGUUGCUGAACGGUUUACAUGGACUGAGAAUCGUCAAACAACUCGCAGAGAGGAUAAUGCAUACUGUCUAUUGGGGAUCUUCAAUGUCUUUAUGCCACUUAUUUACGGCGAGGGUGAUAACGCGAUUGUCCGUCUGAAGGAAGAGAUCGAAAAGAAACACGCAGAGAUUGCGAAGCUUGAAGAAAUUCUAACAACACUACCUAUCGCAGCCGAGGCAGCUUUCAAUUCCCUAAACAACCAACACGAGCCAACCUGCCUUUCCAACACAAGAUCUGAACUGUUAGAAGACAUCACAGAAUGGGCUGGCACUGCUGAUGAUAAAUGCAUCUUUUGGCUCAACGGUAUAGCAGGCACCGGGAAAUCAACUAUUGCCCGCACAGUUGCACGGAACUUCUAUGAUCGCGGGAUCCUGGGCGCCAGCUUCUUCUUUUCAAGAGGUGGUGGCGACCUCGGUAAUGCGAAUAGACUGGUUACCACCCUCGCUCGACAGCUGGCGAAUAAGGUUCCGGCUGUGAGACACUACAUCUGCGACGCUAUUUCAGAGCAAACAGAUAUUGCUGAGCAUUCUUUGCGAGAUCAGUGGGAACAAUUGAUUAUCAACCCAUUAUCCAAGCUUAGUCGCUCCUCAUGUCCCCCUACGAUUGUCCUGAUUCUCGAUGCAUUCGAUGAAUGCGACAGCGAAAAGGAUAUCCGAGUCAUUCUCAGAGUUCUAGCUACCGCUAGGACGCUCAACGGGGUGAGUCUACGGAUCUUCAUCACAAGCAGACCGGAAAUCCCUAUACGUCACGGCUUUGCCAUGAUCCCAGACGUGGAGAGACAGGUCUUUGUGCUCCAUGAGAUAUCUCCAGAUGUAGUAGACCGAGAUUUGAGUCUCUACUUUCGGGAUAGUUUCUCUAUCAUAAGAGAAGAGCGUGGAUAUUCUGAUGAUUGGCCUGAUGGAGGAACAAUCAAACGUCUGGUCGACAACUCCUGCGGACUAUUUAUCUGGGCUUCAACUGCAUGCCGUUUUAUCCGCGAGGGGAGACGGUUGGCGUCAAAGCGGAUAUCGACACUCCUCAAUGGCCAUCGCUCCGGCGCAGGGCCCGAACAGCAGUUGGACCAAAUCUACACGUCUGUCUUGCAAGACUCUAUCCAGCAGGACUACAACGAAAAGGAAAAGGUGGAGCUGUACGAGAUCCUGCGAGAAGUUCUAGGAAGUAUCGUGAUUCUGUCUUCACCACUCUCUAUGCAAUCGCUUGCGAAUCUACUAAGUAUGCCGUUGCGUGAAGUUCAAGAUACGCUGGCCGAUCUGCACACGAUCUUCAACAUCCCCCGUCAACCAUCUCGCCCAAUUCGGUUACACCAUCCGACAUUCCGAGACUUUCUCCUUGACAAGACCCGCUGUCGCGAUCCGGAUCUGUGGGUUGACGAGAAAGAAGCCCACAAGACACUGGCCGAUAGCUGUAUAGCGUUGAUGUCAAAAAAGCUCAAGACUAACAUUUGCGGCCUUGGAUCGCCAGGGACUCUUGUCAAGGAUGUCAACCCUGGCCAUGUUUCGAGAUGUAUUUUUCCCGAGCUUCAGUACGCGUGUGUAUACUGGGCACAGCAUUAUCAAAAGAGUGGUGCGCGUCUUACCGAUGGCGAUCGCGUUCAUCGCUUCUUGGAGGAACAUCUCCUCCAUUGGCUUGAGGCUAUUAACCUUAUUGGUAAGAGCUCAGAGAUGACGACUAUUACGCGGCUGUACCAUUCUCUGCUUGUGCCUUCAGAGAACGAGCGUCAAAUGACAUUUAUAGCAGACGCCAGGCGUCUUAUUUUCACAUUCCAAUCAAUCCUCAAACAGUCGCCCCUUCAAAUAUACUGCACUGCUCUUAUCUUCAUCCAGCCCAACAGCUCUCUGAAAGAGCAUUUCAAGAAACAGCUAUAUCCGUGGAUCAAAGACCUCAAAAUCGCAGAAGCGAACGUGCCAAAGGCGAAAGAUGAGCUUUUCUACGUCAACGAUCUUGUUUUCACGCCAGACAAUAGACAGGUCGCUUCGGGAUCCGUUACGGGCAUCGCCAGACUGUGGGACGUAUCAACAAAUGCAGCGCUUCGCAAGUAUGAAGGAGCUAAGGACAGAAUCAGCUCUGUUGCGAUAUCGCCGGAUGGAAAGAUGAUCGCUGCAGGUUCUGAUGACUUUACCGUCUUGGUUUGGGAUUUAGAAACAGGAUCGCUGCGUUACACGCUCCCUGCUCAUACGCGUUGGGUCAACUCGGUCAUCUUCUCACCUGAUGGCAAGUUGCUUGCAUCUGGGUCGAUGGACGAAACACUGGCGUUAUGGGAUGCCGAAACAGGGCGUGCUAUACGGAGAUUCGACAACCAAUCUAGUUGUGUCAAUGAUGCAUCCUUUUCUCCAGACGGGUCAAUGAUUGCAACGGCGUCUUUCGAUCAAGUGGUCCGGCUAUGGGAUAUCGAGACUGGGGAGAUCAGUGCCAUUCUCGACGGCCACUCUGACUGCGUCAACUCGGCCAAGUUCUCACCAGACGGCAGGCAGGUUCUCUCUGGAUCCGACGACAUGGCUAUCAGGCUUUGGGAUACGGCUACAGGGACAGCAAGCAUGAUUCUCAAAGGCCAUUCUAUGAGAGUCAGGACCGUCACAUUUUCAGUGGACGCACGAGUUAUCGUAUCAGGUUCCGAUGACAAAACCGUCAAGAUUUGGGAUGCAGCCAGUGGUACCCAGUUACAUACACUUGAAGACCAUACUAGUGGCAUCAAUGCGGUUGCGUUCUCUCCUAAUGGAAGGCUCCUUGCAUCAUGCUCGUUCGACGACGAUGUUCGCCUCUGGGAUGCAAAGACUUGGACGGCGAUCGGCAAACUUGAAGACUUUGAGGAUGAUGAUCAAUCCAGUACAGGUGAUAUGAUGGAUAGUGUCCACUUUGAACCCCUUGCGCUGGCGACCAGAGACCUCAAAGGCCACUCGAGCAAGGUGACUUGCUUGAUCGUCUCAGCCAAUGGGCAACUCCUUGUUUCAGGCUCCCAAGACGGCAUGAUUAAAUUGUGGCUGAUAGAAGGCGUGGAAGUCCAGAGUCUCGAGGCCGGAUCUGAUGCUAUCAAUCAUUUGGCGUUUUCGCCCGAUAAUCAUCUGGUUGCUUCUGCCUCCGCCAAUGGGUCCGUGACACUAUGGGACACAGCGACUGGAGAUGUAAAACUCCUAGAAGGACACAAAAGUGAGGUUCUUCUGGUAAGAUUCUCACCAGAUGGGAACUUUCUGGCUUCAUGUUCUUCUGAUUCUACAGUCAGAGUCUGGGUUGCUGCAACUGGAGAGUUCUGGGGUGUUCUGAGUGGCCAUUCGGAUGCAGUAACAGACUUGACCUUUUCACUGGACAGUCGCUUCAUUGUUUCAUGCUCAGCAGACGGUACUGUGCUUAUCUGGUACUUGGCGACACAGGCGGUAUUUGCCACGCUCAGAGGCCACACUGAUACUGUCAAUUCUGUUGUGUACUCUUCAGACGGAGAGCAAAUACUCUCCUGCUCGGAUGACAACACGAUUCGCUUCUGGACUAAGGAAGGAAAGGCAACUGGCAUGAUCAAAUAUGCUACAGCUCGAUUUACAUCUGCAACAUUUUCGUUCGACAGCAGGAUGAUUGUUGCAAGCUCGAAAGAUCAGACAAUCAGACUCUGGGACCCGGAGACAAAGUCUAGUCAAGGCCUGUAUGAAGCUAACGUCCCUAUUCACAAGGUCUCUUUCUCCCGCAAUGGCCAGAAUGUUGAUACCAACAGAGGCGUAGUCGCCCUUGAUUAUUUCUCUCCUUCCUUUCCUUCUCUUGCUUUGAAUCGCCCUUAUUGUCUUUUUGUCAACCAGGAUUGGCUGAGGAGGGAUAAAAAGGAUGCCAUUUUCAUCCCUGAAGAGUAUCGCUCUAACGUGUUGGCCACUCAAGGCAAGACAAUGAUACUGGGGCACUCCUCUGGCCGUAUCUCGUUUAUUCAUUUUUGA